AUGGCGUUCCUCGCGGCAUUCAUCAAACCACUGGCAUACAUAUCUGUUCCUGUCAUUAUACUCCGGUCGGUCGCUGCUUCGUCUCCCACGGGAAAAUACUAUGUGCGCCUUGGGAUGUACAUCGGUACCCUGACGUUCAUCGCGACUUGGGGUGCUGCCAUCGCAGCGGGGAUGUCGCUGGUGAACAUGCGAUACGAUGUGAAUAUCGUGAUUGCGCGCUGUUUCUAUGCUUUGGCGAGCAGGGUCAUGAACAUCGAAGUCGAGAUAGAAGGGCAGGAGCAUCUGGUUGCAGAACGUCCAUCCGUGUUGAUGAUAAAUCACCAGUCGUUUUUAGAUAUUCUCAUCGUGGGCAGGCUUAUCCCCCGACGCACGUCCAUUAUGGCCAAGAGUUCUAUUCGGUGGACUCCUCUUGGUCCUUUCAUGAUCAUGUCCGGCGCUAUUUUCGUUGACAGAGGAAACAACGCGCGUGCUGUGAGCUCGCUAAAGGCUGCUGGCGAAACCAUGAAAUCCGGCGGUGUUUCUCUAUAUAUGUAUCCGGAAGGGACACGGCAUCUUUCCGAAGAGAAUAACUUGCUCCCGCUCAAGAAAGGCGGUUUCCACCUCGCGAUACAGUCCGGGAUCCCCAUCGUCCCCAUCGUCGCGGAGAAUUAUUGGUGGUUGUAUCGGAAAGGUUUCUUCGGAACGGGAAAGAUCAAAGUCCGAGCCCUUCCACCGAUACAGACUAAAGGCCUAACCACAGAGGACGCUACUGCAUUGUCAAUUCGCGUCAGGGAACAGAUGUUGGAGACUUUAAACGAGAUAUCAGUAAACACCCCUUCUCAAGGGAAGACGGUGAAGGAGUCGAGCUCAUUGGCGACUGAGGCUGCAGAAGAAGCGAAAGUUGGCGCCACAGAAGGACACUCGGAGAAGACACCGGUACCGGAGGCGACUCAAACUUCGACGCCGAGCGAGAGUGGAAGUGAUAAAGUGAAGAGCUCGAUCAGUGAGAACGGAACGGAAACGGAGGAGGAUGAGGGCAUGGUCCUAGUUGGGCGACCAGCGUAA